GGAAUUCAGGUUAGUCUGGGCUCCAGUGGGACUCCUCCUUUCAAUCUUGUCUCAUUGAAACAGUUUCUUGGAUUUUUGAAGAGGAAAAGAGAUCAGAUAAGGAUGGAGCUGACAUGGGCAGGAGCUCUGCUUCUUCUCUGUAUACUUUUCACCCUUUUCUCAUCCUUCCAAAUGUACAAGAAAAAAGGGCAGCUGCCCCCAGGACCCACCCCAUGGCCUUUUCUGGGGAACGUCUUGCAGCGAGAUGUGCUACCUCUGAAUAAAUCCUAUAAAAAGCUUAUUGGAAGGUAUGGUCCUAUCUUUACCAUCUGGAUUGGAUCAAAACCAGUGAUUAUGCUCUGUGGAUAUGAAGUGAUAAAAGAUGCUUUCGUAGAUCACGCAGAAGAAUUUAGUGGACGUACUUCUGUGCCCAUGAUUCAGCGAAUAUUCCAUAAUCAUGGUAUAGCCACCACUGAUCAGAGGAAAUGGAGGGAGAUGCGACGGUUCACACUGUCCACCUUGCGAGAUUUUGGGAUGGGGAAGAAAAGCAUGUCUGAAAGGGUCCAGGAGGAAGCCCUUUGUCUGGUGGAAGAAGUGGGCAGCUUUCAAGGGCAGCCUUUUGACCCAAGAAGAGGAUUUACAAGUGCUGUUUCUAAUGUGAUCUGCGCAGUUGUCUUUGGCAAUCGAUUUGAUUAUAAAGAUCAAACCUUCAUGGAGAACCAAAAGAUUGUGGAAUCUCAAUUAAGAUUCUUUAAUAGUAUUUUAGGAACGGUAUAUAAUACUUUCCCAAAAAUAAUGGAAUACUUUCCUGGGCAACACACCAAACUUUUUACUGCUAUUGAAAAACUCUGUGGCUUUAUCCAUGAGAAAGUGGAACUCCACCAGAAGACACUGGAUCCUCAGAAUCCCCGUGACUAUAUUGACUGCUUCCUUAUCAAGUCAGAGAAGGAGCAGAACUCAUCUGAGAUUAUCUACACUCCUAAAAACCUUGUGCGUUCUGCGCUUGAACUCUUUUUUGCUGGGACAGUAACCACUAGCAAUGCUUUGCUCUCCAGCCUUCUUGUGGUGGCAAAAUUGCCAGACAUUCAAGCUAAGGUGCAACAGGAGAUCGAUGAGGUGGUGGGUGCAAACCGCACUCCAGGCAUGGAAGACCGGUUGAGGAUGCCUUUCACAAAUGCUGUUGUCCACGAGGUUCAACGGUAUCAGAAAGAGAACCCUGAGAUCUUUCCACGGGCAACAACUUGUGACACAAAAUUCCAUGGUUACAACAUUCCCAAGGACACGGCUGUCGCUCAAUUGCUCACCUCUGUACAUUUUGACCCUCUCCAGUGGGAGACUCCAGAGAGGUUCAACCCAGAUCAUUUUUUGGAUGGAAAGGGCCAGUUCAGGAAAAGAGAUGAUUUCAUGUCAUUCUCGGCAGGGAAGCGGGCCUGUCCAGGGGAAGCCCUGGCUCGGAUGGAGCUCUUCCUGUUCUUCAGCACUCUGCUCCAGAAGUUCACCUUCCAUAUGGCUGGGGACAGCAAAGACAUGGACGUAAUGUCUUUGUUUAUGGACUUCAGGAAGAAGAAUCGAUACCCCCUUAUAAGAGCCAUCAAACGUUCAGUGUGAACACUAAGGAAGUGGAGGGUUUGAAGAACAAUUCUCAGCUACAAUUUUUUAGGAAGUAUUUCGGGAUAUUUAGGAAUUUUGAGUGAAACAGAUAUAAAAUAUUUUUUCUUUCAAAUCUUCGUACUUAGUAAAGGCAUAUUUACUAUCCAUAAAACAA